AUGGCACCACUUAGGAUCACUGUUGGGGGGUCGUCAGAAAUUACCCGGCGACCUGAACGGGGAGUCCUCAACAUUGACAUCAACGGCGAGGGAAAGACUCGUGAAAUUGUUUCUAACAAGGUGACCGAGACUUCCAAUGAGUUGAGCAAACUGUUUAGAGAACUUUCCCCCCAAACUGACUCGUCAGGCCCAACUGCCGAUGCGGCUGUGGUAAGCUUUUCGUCCACGUCUCUGAGAACUUGGCGCUGGGUGCCGCAUGGGGAACCCAUCAAUUCCCCUCGAGCGGUACACCGUGGUAAUCUGUCACUCGUGGCUGUGUUCCGCGACUUCACUAAAAUGAGCAAAGUCGUCGGCAUGGUCGUGGGAUAUUCCAACGUUGAUAUCAACUCGAUUGACUGGCAGCUGACCGGCGCCACCAAAAAGACGCUAAGCUCCGAGUCUCGCAAGGAGGCAAUCCGUGAUGCCGUCCAAAAAGCCAAUGACUACAGCGAAGUUAUUGGGCGCAAAGUGGCCGCGGUGGAAAUUCAGGAUGGCGGAAACUCCUCAUUCGGCUUGUUGGCACGACGCCCUGCGGGUCUAUUUGGAAACAAUUUCGGUGGAGGUUCUUUGUUCGGAGGUGGACAUCAAUCCAGCGGAGCACCAGGAGGUUCUCUGUUUGGCAGUGCUCACCCACCCCCUGCUUCUGAUCCCCCUACAUCCCUGGACCUCACACCACAGGAUAUCCAAUAUACUUCUUCUGUGCAAGUCGUAUUCGAGUCUGUUGACGACGAGUGA